AUGUCGUCAACUCGUAAGAUUAAAACUAUUGAUACAACAGUAUAUGAACUUCAAAAACCAGGAACUAGUGGUUUAAGAAAACGUACAAAAGUUUUUCAACAAGGAAAAUAUACACAUAAUUUUAUUCAAGCAAUUUUAGAUGCAAUGCCCUCACCAGGAGCUAAAGGCUCCACCUUAGUUGUUGGUGGUGAUGGUAGAUACUAUUCUGAAGAAGCAAUUCAAAUCAUUAUCAAAAUAGCAGCUGGUAAUGAGGUUGGGAAAUUGAUAAUUGGACAAAAUGGUAUUUUAUCCACUCCUGCAUGUUCAAAUAUUAUUCGUAAACGAAAAGCUGAUGGUGGCAUCCUUUUGACUGCUUCACAUAACCCUGGAGAUAAUGAUUUUGGUAUAAAAUUUAAUGUUAGCAAUGGAGGACCUGCACCAGAAAAUAUAACAAAUUUAAUUUAUGAGCGAACUAAAUCCAUUAGUCAAAUUUUGGAAUCUGAUAUUCCAAAAGUUGAUAUUUCAACUAUCGGAGAAAAAACUUUUGAUGAUUUUUCAAUUGAAAUUAUAGACCCGGUGGAAUCUUAUGUACAACUUUUAAAAGAGAUUUUUGAUUUUGAUUUGAUUAAACAGUUUUUUGCUGAAAAUCCUAAUUUCAAAGUACUUUUUGAUGGAUUACAUGGAGUUACCGGACCUUAUGGCAAAAAGAUAUUUUUGGAAGAACUUGGGCUACCAAGUUCAUCAACUCAAAACGAUACUCCAUUACCAGAUUUUGGUGGUGGUCAUCCAGAUCCAAAUCUUACCUACGCACAUAGUUUGGUCGAACGUGUGGAAAAAGAAAACAUUAAUUUUGGUGCAGCAUCCGAUGGUGACGGUGAUCGCAACAUGAUUUAUGGGAAGAAUGCUUUCGUCACACCCUCAGACUCAGUGGCUGUCAUUGCCGCUCAUGCAGAUUCUAUUCCAUAUUUUCAAAAAACUGGCAUUAAAGGUUUAGCACGUAGCAUGCCUACAAGCGCUGCUUUGGAUUUGGUUGCUAAAAAAAAGGGUCUUGAAAUUUUUGAAGUUCCCACUGGUUGGAAGUUUUUUGGUAAUUUGAUGGAUGCUGGUCGUUUAUCUAUUUGCGGUGAAGAAAGUUUUGGUACAGGUUCAGAUCAUAUUCGAGAAAAAGAUGGUAUAUGGGCAGUUAUUGCAUGGCUUAACAUAAUUGCUGCAUUUAAUAAAAAGAAUAAAGGUGCAGGCAUUAAAGAAAUCCUUCUUGAUCAUUAUCAAACUUAUGGUCGAAACUUUUUUUCUAGGUAUGAUUAUGAAGAGGUUGAUAGUGAUGGUGCCAAUAAAAUGAUUGAUCAUCUUCAACAAUUGAUUGCUAGUGGUGAUAAAUUUAUUGGAAAAACUUUUGGUCAAUUCACAGUUAAAGUAGCAGACGAUUUUGAAUAUCGUGAUCCAAUUGACGGAAGUGUAUCUAAACAUCAAGGAAUUCGAAUAGUUUUUACUGAUGGUUCAAGAAUAAUUUUUCGAUUAAGUGGAACAGGAAGUCAUGGAGCUACAAUUAGAUUAUAUGUUGAAAAAUAUUCACAAAAUGAAUUAGAAUAUGGAAAUGAUACACAAAUUGCAUUAAAACCUUUGAUUGAUGUUGCUUUGGAAAUUUCAAAAUUACAUGACUUUACUGGACGUGAUAAACCUACUGUAAUAACUUGA